CUAACUGAGGAUUCUGAAGCAGCCUGCAGAGCUGCAGUGACCAUUACAACCAGUCAGCAGCAUGGCGGCUCCCAGCAGAGUCUUCUGUCGCUUAUUAAACAGGCACAACUCUUCUUCUCCUCUGAGGACUCUCUACCCGAGGCUCCUGAGCGGCGGCGCCCGGCGGCCAUACUCCCACCAGGAGACCGGAGCUGAACUUGGGGAGCCGCGUGAAGCCGCCGCCGCCAACUUCGGUCCAAGUGUGAAGAGCAACGAUAGACAGAAACGACUGCGAGACGACAGUUUACUUCCCUUCUCAGCGUUCUUGACCGACAACUUUGGCCGGAGGCACAGUUACCUACGGAUCUCCCUGACCGAGAAAUGCAACCUGCGCUGUCAGUACUGUAUGCCAGAGGACGGGGUGAAGCUUACCCCACGGAGCCAGCUGCUGUCCACCUCGGAGGUCCUGACCCUGGCUCGCCUCUUCGUCCAGGAGGGGGUGGACAAAAUCCGCCUCACCGGAGGGGAGCCCCUCAUUAGACCUGAUAUCGUGGAAAUCAUUUCAGAACUGAAGAAGCUGAAGGGCCUGAAAACCGUAGCGGUAACAACCAACGGCAUGAACCUGGCCAGACUUCUGCCCAAGCUGAAAGAUGCCGGCCUUGACCUUAUUAACAUCAGCCUGGAUUCACUGGUCCCCGUCAAAUUUGAGUUCAUUGUCAGGCGAAAAGGGUUCCACAAGGUGAUGGAGGGCAUUGAUAAGGCCAUUGAAAUGGGCUACAACCCUGUCAAGGUCAACGUUGUGAUCAUGCGAGGCUUCAAUGAGGACGAGCUACUAGAUUUCGUGGCGCUGACAGAAAAGAAGCCUCUGGAGGUUCGCUUCAUCGAGUACAUGCCCUUCGAUGGCAACAAGUGGAACUUUAAGAAGAUGGUGAGUUACCAGGAGAUGCUGGACCGCAUUAAGCAGCAGUGGCCCAAACUGGAACCGCUUCAAACUGAACCCACCGACACAGCCAAGAUAUUUAAAGUGCAGGGCUUCAAAGGUCAGGUGGGCUUCAUCACCUCCAUGUCCGAGCAUUUCUGUGGCUCCUGCAACCGCCUGCGCAUCACCGCAGACGGGAACCUCAAGGUUUGCUUGUUUGGCAACUCUGAGGUGUCUCUCAGAGACGUCCUGCGUUCUGGAGCACCAGAUGAAGAGCUACUGCAAAUCAUCGGAGCAGCAGUGGGCAGGAAGAAGAAACAGCACGCAGGCAUGAUGAGUAUCUCCCAGAUGAAGAACAGGCCUAUGAUCCUCAUUGAGUCUUUGACAGCUUCUCUGACAAACUCACAUGACAGUCAGAGGGCUUCCUCCAUUGGUCCCCAGCUCGCAAACGACACAUUCCCCUCUCAAGCGACGGCUCCUCACGCAGGUCUUUCAAGCAGCAGAGUCCUGAGUAGAGAGCGGUUUCUGUGCCUUCCAGAUCCCAUCGCUUCAACACCAGCAGACAUCGUUGGCUGCUCUAGAACCUUAACGAGCGGGGGAACCCAUCUGUGGAGGAAGGAAGAAAAACCUAAUGUGACGGCCGACCUCCACAGUGUAGCACCGCCCCCCCGCACAACAUGCACAAAUGUCACAGGCCACAUUAAUGAAGACUGUCUCAGGGACGCACAAGCCAGGGGUCCUAAAGCUUUCAGGAGCCACCUACACAGGACCCCAGGAGUAUCGAUUUUUUGCACAUUGAUGAAUCCCAAAAUAUAUCUUAACCAUCGCAGCGUUCGACUGUGCUUCAACCACAGCUCCAGCCAAGACUCCGGCGCCAAACUCAGACAAUCCGUGAGUGAUCAGAACAACACUCACCAGAAUGGAACCACCGAGGUCCAGCUGACACACACAGACGCCCAGGGCCGAGCCACCAUGGUGAACGUCGGGGGGAAACCUCCCACACGUCGGACGGCCACAGCACGCGCCACUGUCGUCUUGGGUCCCACCGCUUUCCAGCUGCUUCGAGACAACCAGCUGGCGAAGGGUGACGCCUUGUCAGUGGCGCAGUUGGCCGGCAUCAUGGCUUCCAAGCAGACCUCGGCCCUCAUCCCGCUCUGCCACCCGCUCCCUUUGGACCACACCUCUGUCACCUUUGACCUGGAGGAGCUGCAGCACGCCGCGGUCAUAACGGCAACGUGUAGCACCACGGGCAGGACCGGGGUCGAGAUGGAGGCUCUGACGGCUGUGUCCGUGGCAGCGCUGACCGUCUAUGACAUGUGCAAGGCAGUGAGCCAUGACAUCAUCAUCACGGAUGUGAAACUGGUCAGUAAGACGGGCGGGAAGAGGGACUUCCAUCGACACCCAUGAGCACAUCCUCCAACAGUGAAUCUGAAGCAGGAAAACUGAGAAGCUUCAAAACUGAUUGUUUGAAUUUUCACUCGGAUCUUAAUAUUUUUCUACUAAAACAAAUGAAUGCCAUGAAAAUUAUUUAAAAGAUGUAACAAUCUCAAAGAAAUGCCACAUUAAGUGUUUUUGCCUGCGUCUGCUAAACUCUGCCUGUAGCUCACUUUAUAACCAGUGAUAUUUGACCUGUUUAGUUACAAAAACCGCACUUAUCUCUAUGGACCGUAUCUAAAGAUGGACAACGCGUCACCACUUCUUCCCGAUAUCCAGAAAUGAACUUAAAAUAUCACCGAUACGAACGCCAUGGGGCACAUUUGUAGCCACAGUCUGUGCAGAACAAAUCGGGACAGUUGCAAGGUCUGGCUGAUAACCGAACUCGACCAAUCACGGGUCAGUACCAGCUGUCAGUCAUGAUGUUGCCCUGUUAUCAUGUCUUCAAAAAACUAAUUUCAAACAAACUUAGCAAACAUCAAUGUAAAUUAGAAAUUUACUUUAACUUAAGUUUGGUUCAUGCCCCAUUAACUAACAUGGAGGAGGCAUGGUUUAUGACUUAAAGUGCAGCCAGCCACUAGAGGGCGAUCAAGCUGCUUUGGCUGUGACGUUGUCCACAUUUAUAUACAGUCUAUGCUUCUCUUACACUAAAUGAAUCAUGAUAUUUGAACAGCACAACAUUUUAUCAUGUAUCCAGCAGUGUUAAGCAAAUAAUUACAGUGUCAUACAAGAGAAUUUAUUUAUUUUAAUACAUUAACAGUACGAUCAACAAGUGGAGGGUUUGGAAUAGACUUAGAGCUGCAAUGUUUAUUUUUGCCUCUAGAGGGCAGCCUAGUAUUCCUUUAAAAAGCCUCGGGGAGGUUUUCAGUGAAGGGCAAACGACAUGAAUGUUAAAGAUGAUUGAAUAAAUUAUGAAGGUCGACACAGAAUGAAGUAUCAACAGAGUGAUGAGGUCAGAGAAGUGCGUGCUUCUGUGUCCUGGCUGUUUUUAUCAGGUUUGUGUCAAACCUAUGUCUUCCUCUCAGUACCUGCUUAAUUAACAGAAGUUUUUUGUGAUUUUAAUUCAUUUGUAUGAAACAUGAACCUUCUAAAUUUUUGUCAGUGACAUAAUUGGUGAAGAUAUUGUCUCAACUUGAGCAUUUAAUUGACUUUCAUUCUAUAUCUUAGUUUCAUUCUACCUCUGAUGUAAAAUGUGAACGACUAAAAUGACAAAUAACCAAAUACACUGUCUAAAAGAGUGUAAUUAAUAUUAUUUGUUGAUUUAAUAUUAGCUUAAUAUAUAUAGUAUUAUUAAAUCAGCAUGAAUGAACAGCCUAAUACAGCGUAUUUCACAGUUAGAAACUCUAGAGCAGCAGUUCUAACAUGUUGUCUUUGAAGAACUCUGUAUUGCCAUUUUUGUAUUGUAGCUUUAUUGCUUCCAGUUCACUGAAAUGCACCGCUCUGUUUUGAAAGAAUUAAAUACAAACUGAGUCACUG